GCCCCUUGGGACGCACGCCGCCCCGCCCGCAUUUUGCUGCGGCGCGCCGGGCUCCAAAGAGGUGCCAGACGGGUGGAUGCGGGCGCGAUGGAUGGCGGCGCGCUGUCCCAGCCCGCGCCCGUCGCAUCCGGCGUCCCGGGAGGCCGCUGUGUUCGGCGGCGGCCCGCAUCCCCUGAGCUGCUGCGCUGCAGCCGGCGCCGACGGCCGGGCGCGCCAGAGGAGGCUGGGGGUGGCGCGGCGGCUGUGGCGCGGCGCAACGAGCGCGAGCGCAACCGCGUGAAGCUGGUGAACUUGGGCUUCCAGGCGCUGCGACAGCACGUGCCGCACGGAGGCGCCAGCAAGAAGCUGAGCAAGGUGGAGACGCUGCGCUCGGCCGUGGAGUACAUCCGCGCGCUGCAGCGCCUGCUGGCGGAGCACGACGCCGUGCGCGCCGCCCUGGCCGGGGGGUUGCUGGCGCCGGCCGCCAGGCCCCCCGAGCCCCGCGCGCCGCCGGGGACCCCCGCGGCAACCGCAUCGUCGCCCUCCUGCACCUCGUCGUCCCCGGGCCGGGGGGGCAGCUCCGAGCCCGGCUCCCCGCGCUCCGCCUACUCGUCCGACGACAGCGGCUGUGAGGGCGCGCUGAGCUCCGCGGAGCGCGAGCUGCUGGAGUUCUCCAGCUGGUUAGGGGGCUACUGAGCGCCCCCCGCCCCCCCUCCUCGAGCCUUGGACGCCCAGCGGCAGGCGCGCCUUUCACCUCGGAAGCCAGCCAGAGGGACAGGUCUGUACCCAUCGCGCCCACCGCUUCAGGUCCAGCCUGCCACAAGGGGCGAAGCCACCAUCAAGCCAGGGACUCCAUGCACUGCCCCCGCUUCCCGCCCAGCCUGUCCAAGGGCGACUGUGGAAACAGGUCCCCGGGGCCCGGCCGCCCUCCCUCCCCCCCCUCCCCUCGCCUGCCUGGCAACUUCCUUUAAUGCUUUGCGAUGAGGCUGGGAUGGGGCUGCGACGUCCAUCCUUGGAUAUUUUUCCUGGAAAGAAUUCUAUAAGGACAGAGAGAAUUUAUUUUUUACACUUCAACUGCUGGAGUGACACUGUUGGCAACGUGAAGAGUUAUUUUUGUAUAAAGAGUAGUUCCACUUAAAAAAAAAAAACCCAGUAAAUAUUAUCUACAUCUGCGCUUCCCCGCCCAUCUACCCCCAACUACCUGGAAUUUUCCAACCUGGCCAAGAUCUCCACUGAGCAGCCCGGAGGUGUGGGGGUCCCUGGUGGGUGCCCUUGCCUCAAGUGACGGUAGCCAUUGGGUGCCUGCUCAGUUGGGAGGCAAUGUGUCAGGAAAACUUGCUGUUUUAGGGAAGGUGGACUUUAUAAAUAAAUCAGCUCUAUUUAUCAGUGGU